UGCCUGCGAGCUGAAUAACAUGGAGUCCUCCGCCUGGCACCUCCGGGGAGGGAUCCUAUCGCAAAAACCCGAGUAGCGACUAGAGACAAGCAAGUUUGUCCGCGGGAGCCGUCGGAGCCUCCUGCGAGCAAAGCUCCGGUUCCGGACCAGAAAGGCAGAAACUAUGUCGGACGGUGCUUAGACGGUGUCAGCCUUGCUGUACGACCCGCAAACCAGGCCAAGUCAGAGGAUUUUGCACAAUGUAGGCAGGCUGUUCGCCGUUGGGACUCCAUACUGUUCUCUGGGGGACCAUGGAGCCAGAUGGGCAACCCCUAACCCCAGGGACCAGCAAUGGGCCCCUUUCCUACAGUUCAGCACCAAAUCCUAUCACCCCCAACUUCCUCAGCUGCAGCUUAGAGUCCUCAUGUUCUCCAAAUCUGAGUGAUGGCUUGAUGACUGCUGAGUGCACAUGGGACCUAGCUGGAGAGGACAACUCCGAGCAGACCGCUGCAGACCCACAGAGGAACGCACAAAGGAGGCUCAAGUCCUCAGCCUUUCCUUCCUCUCUAAGCUGGGACUCGGACUCAGAGAAGGAAACUCUAGAUGAGGAGGAGCUACAGAACUUUUCUAACCCUCACGGUCUGGCUACUCACAGCCCAGGAUCUCCUUCUGCUGGACUCAGGCUUGAUGGUGAAGAUGACCAGGAAUUUGAGAAACUGCAUUCCUUCAAUAAUACGACUGACACAUCCACCCCUGCAGAGGGGUGUAGUGACAACAAAAAGAGCACAAAGAAAGAGGAGCCAAAUACAAGUCAGCUUGGCCAAACAGAAUCAGCAGAUAACAGAGUAUGGAGUGUAUGCGAGGGUGCUAAGCCAUUUCUGUCCAAAGGAAAACCAAAGGAAGACUGCCCAAAGGAAGAGGACGCUGACGGCGGCAAGGGAGAAACGAGGCCCAAGGGACAGGAAGCUAGGGAGCCUGAGAGAGAUGUUUACACCUUCCCUGGAGACUCCGACGCAGAGAGUCCGCCUCCUGCUCCAUGGGCUCACUGCACUUUCAUACAGCGGUGCAGAAGGAAGAGGGCCCUGCUUAGACCCUUCUCUGGAAUUGGAUCCCCGGAAACUCACAAGUUGGAAAUACUGAGUCCUCAAACAUCUAAAACCGACGAGACUGCACCGCUCAGUCGAGCAGCAGGGGUUUAUGAAUUUGAGGAAGUCAAUUUUGACGAGACCGAGACAAUAAAGUUCAGAGACAAAGCCGGGAAAGAACUAGAGGAGAAAAGUGGGUUGGGUUCGGAUAAUGAAAUCUUUACAUGUGUGGAGUGUAGCAUUUACUUCAAAAAGCAGGUUCACCUGCAGGAGCACAUGACUGAGCACUGCCAGACUUCAGCUGGGGAAACCAGGCGUUCAGGAAAGGGCAGCCGUUUACGGUGUGCAGAGUGUGGAUGGAACCUGCCAAACCGCCCGGCGCUGGCCGACCACCACAGAAGGCACCAGGAGUCCCGUCUGAAGAUCCAGGAGGAGAUUGAGAAACUGAAUGAGAAUGACAAGGCAAAAGAGUCUGAGGCACUGGGGAGCAGAGCUGUGAAGCAUGCGUGUGCUGACCCAAUUGUUACACAAUAUACAGACCCAAUGCUGAAUCCAGGUGAAAUGUCAGACAGAGAAAUGGAGAAAUCUCCUGCUCUAUCCACUGCUUCAUUUUCAGUUCAGGACACGGAUCCUGUUGUCAUCGAUGUGCACUCAGUACCCCCAAAUUCAAAUACAUUUCGAAGCUCAGCACAGGCCCACCGCCGCCGCUUUGUCUGCAGCGAGUGUAACUUCAGCACAAGAACAUCCCAGGCACUGGCCAAUCACUCCAAGAUUCACAAGAGGAAGAAGCACUUUCUCCACCCCCACCCUGGCCAGAGAGGACUGAGGGAACAUCAGACUCUGGUUCACCCAGAAAAGAUGUCAACUAAGCAGGACAAUGAGACCAGCCAGUCUUUAACAUCUAAGGCACAAAUUUUAAAAAUAGCCCCAGAUUGUCAUUACCUCUCUGAGUGCGAAUCCCUGCCCAAUGCUUCUCCUGUCACAAGCCAAGGGGAUAUCACUGCCUCCGAGGAUAGCACAAAAUCAGACCGUGGUGCGAUGCGACCCGAGAGUGUUGCUGGGAGAUUCAGGACAGCGGGGAAGCCUCGUGCUGAUCAGUCCCAGUUUGAUCCCGAGGCAGAUGAUGACACGUCGCCUGGGAGUGAAGCGGAAGAGUCGGAAUCUGAUCUCAGCAAUGAACUUAAGCUGUCCCAGCGAGAGGCAAGCUCACCUGUGGGAAGGAAGCUGCACAACACCGAGGAGUCUUCACCACAACAGGAGGCAACCUUAUCCCCAAUCACUAAGAAGUGUGCAAAGGACCAAGACGAACAGGAGGUGCAGAAAGACAGAAGGGUUUUCUUUUUGAGGAGAAGCAGCAGGGUUACUGCGGCCCAGGCACGAGCUGACAGUGAUGAUGACGACGAUGACACUGACGAGGAGCACGUGCCGUGUUUCCUGUCAAAGGGUGCUUUCGAGGAAGACGUAGAUGAGACUGAUGAGGAUUCGGAGGUGCUGAGGAGCGUGGAGAGGAAAUGCCCUUACUGCCCUGAUCGAUUUCAUAAUGGAAUCGGUCUUGCCAAUCAUGUGAGAGGACACUUGAAGCGAGUGGGCGUCAGCUACAACGUGCGUCACUUCAUCUCCCCCGAGGAAGUCAACGCCAUUGAGAAGAGGUUCUCCUAUCAGAAGAAGAAGAAAAAAGUUGCCAACUUUGACCCAGACACAUUCAGCUUGAUGCAUUGUGAGUUCUGCAGCGCUGGCUUUGACACACGGGCCGGCCUGUCCAGUCAUGCCCGGGCUCAUCUCCGUGACUUUGGGAUCACUAAUUGGGAUGUUACCAUCUCACCUAUCCACAUUCUGAGGGAGUUGUUCUCCAGCAGGCCAGACCUGGUGAUUCCUACAGAUCCCCCACGCAGUCUCUGCAGCUCUUCAGAGGAAGAUCAAGAUGAGGAUUGUGAUGAGGGGGCUUCCAAGGUUGGAGGAAUUAUUAGAGUAAAGCUUGAAGGGGAGACGAGUGAAAAGACACCCCAUCCGUCUGACUCUGUUGCCCUGUGUUCAGGAUAUCAACGCAGGAAGAAAGAGGAAAGAGUGGAGGACUAUGAAGGUGAUGACAAGGAAUCAGCUGAUGAAGAGGAUGAGGAGGGUCUCCGGCUCUCUGCACUGGAUGGUCUGUGCUCCAGUACUGGAAGAAGGGACAGCCUCUCUCUCAGGGAGGAUGUAGACACUAAGGUCAGAAAGUGGAAGUGUGAGGUCUGUGACUCUCAGUUCGAGAGCAGACGUGGACUCUCCAUCCACUCCCGCGCUCACUUGCGCCAGCUGGGCUUCACCGUCUCAGAGAGCGGUGGGUCAGCUAUCGACCUGCUCCACCAGAUAGCCAUGGAGCGCAGCAUAGACGGCAAAAUAAGCUCAUCUCUGCUCACGCCGAAGAAACCCUCCCUACCUGUUUCCCUCAAAGAUGAAGAGAUAGAAGACAUGGAGUUGGAGGAGAAACCCAUCCCUCUCUCCAUCCGGGCCAAAGCGGUGAAGGCAGUGCCCUCUGGCUCCACUACGUCCACACCUUCUCCAGGUGCCUCUCCAGCUCCAGCUCACUCCAACUCACCUUCCUCAGUAGUGAAGAAAGCCCCCAUUUCAUCUCUGCUGCCCGUGUCUUCCCCUUUGCGAUCACCAGAGCACAAGGUUGGGGGAAUGAAAUGCCUGAGCUCUAACCUAUCUGCUGCUUCUGCAACCACGACAUCAAAACCGCUUUGGGCUCCACAGGAGAAUGACGCUCCUCUCAACCUCACACUGGAUGUGGACUCCGAUAAGGACAUCGUUUGUCAGCUGUGUGGCGCCUGGUUUGAGACUCGCAAAGGCCUAUCCAGCCAUGCUCGAGCCCACCUGCGACAUUUUGGCAUCGAAUACUCAGAGUCCAAGGGCUCUCCUAUUGAACUCCUGAGCCAGCUCAUGGACACAGAUGACUUCAAGCAUAAAGCGAGUGCACUGGAGCUCGACUGUCCCACGGAAACACAGGACAUUUCCCCAGCGCUUCCCCCUGUAAAACAGUCCCUACUGACGCUCUCCUCUUCUUCCUCUGGGUCACUCCUCUACAAGGUGACCACAGUGGGGGGUGGGUCCAAAGUUACCUCUACCUCUGCCUCGUCAUUACCAGGCCCACCCGCCAAGCGUCUCAAGACCUCUUCCAUGCAGGUCUUCCGCCUCAGCAGUGGAGAGCUGAUGGCCCUUCCACACAAUGAGCCUCCAAAGGAAAUAGGCUGUGAAUACUGCGGGGAGUAUUUUGAGAAUCGCAAGGGACUUUCCAGCCACGCCCGCUCCCACCUGCGCCAAAUGGGGAUCACCGAGUGGUCUGUCAACGGUUCACCAAUCGACACGUUGCGGGAGAUCAUCACAAGACGGGGCCUACCCUGCGCCCUUCCUCUUAAGCCUCUCAAAACCCCGCCAUCUUCCUCUCCAGGACCUCCUCGUUCCCCUCUGUCGGCUUCCUCGUCUCCUUCUGCCACAGUCCUCGGUCGCCUGCCUUUUGCCUUCGCCCGCCCAUCCAGCCCUCCUCAGUCGGUGAUGUCCAAGGCCAGCUCAGCUUCUUCAAUGUCUUCGAGCUGCCUGAGUCUCAAGCCGAAGCCAGAGCCAGUGCAGGUGGAGGUCACUUCGCCUGGAUCUGUGGGAAGAUCCGGAGGUUUUCCGGUUGAGUCUCCAAAUUCAAACUGGAGCAACUCUGACAAAGUUUACCCUCUUAACUUGGCGAUGGCCCAUGAAGUGGAGCCUACGAGGGACAUUCGAUGCGAGUUCUGUGGGGAAUAUUUUGAGAACCGCAAAGGUCUAUCCAGCCACGCACGCUCGCAUCUGCGGCAAAUGGGCAUCACAGAGUGGUCUGUCAAUGGCUCGCCCAUCGACACGCUGAGGGAAGUCAUGCACAAGCGAGGCUCUGGCGCCUCAUCUCGCUCAGACCAGGGAGUGAAGAAAGAGUCCAGCCAAGGAACCAAAAGUCCCUUGUGGGAAAACGUGGGAGGAGCCAGGGGCUCAGAAGGUUUGGGUAUUUCAGGUUACCAGUCCUCCAAAUUCCGUAAAUCUCCUCUCAGUUUAGUGCAGUCUGGGUCAAGGGUCCUUAAACAGGGCCUGGGGUCCGCGGGUCCAUCUGCCUCCCAACCUGCAGGGAAGCUGUUCCGAUUGUCCCCACUGGGAAAAAGGCCUUCAUCAGAUCAGGCCCAGUCAACAGAGACUGCUGCUUCACAGGCACAUCGACUUAAAACGUUCCCUUCACUUCCACAUGAUUUCUCCUACAAAAGAAAACCCUCACCAGAAAAGCAUGGACACCAGGACCCCAGUUGUGAGCUGUGCGGCUUCUACUUUGAGAAUCGUAAGGCUUUAGCCAGCCAUGCGCGAGCCCACCUGAGGCAGUUUGGAGUGACUGAAUGGUCUGUGAAUGGGUCCCCUAUUGAGACGCUUAGCGCUUGGAUACGCAACAGACCACAAAAGGUCCUGGAGAUGCACCGGAACUACAUGCAGGGUAACCGCUCCACCCAGAAGAAGAAGAGGAGCUCAUCAAUCACUUCAUCAGUGGAUUCUGAUCAUAUCCUCCCAAUCUCAUCGCAGAAGGCCCACUCGUCCUCCUCUUCCUCUCAGUGGUCUUCUUCCUUGGCUGCUAGCCUGACUCAGCCACGGAGCCAAGAACUCCGGCGGGGCUCCUCCGAGAUCACCGACGACGAAUCUGGUACUGCUCCAGUCAGGGCCAGCGGCAGCAGCCCCACCUUCUUGCGCCUCGGCAGCAGCCUUCAAGCACAGGUUGCCCGCAGCGAGCUGAAUGUCCGAUUGCCAAGAGGUUUUGAGCGUCGGCCUUUGAAGCACCCAUCCUGCCCAGAUGGAUCUGACAGGGACAGCGGCUCUCCGAAGCCCCCACGCAGGGGCACCCUCCCCUCCUUGGUGCCAAAACCUCCCUCAUACCCACUGGUCAAACUGGUGGGCAAGUUCUACACCCUGAAGUGCCGGUUCUGCGAGGUGGAGUUCCACGGCCCACUUUCCGUGCAGGAGGACUGGAUCAGACACCUCCAGCAGCACAUCUUCAAGAUGAACUACAACAAGUCUGCUCCACUAAAAGCAGCCGCCACUGAUACCCGCAACCUGGCUGACAACUCGACCCCAGUCCAGGACUCCGACCCGGCCUCCAACCACAGUUCAAGAACUGCCUCCACCCCGACCCGCUCCACGGCCCCCAACAGCCGCUCCCCCACCCCCGUGGCAGAGUUCGCUCCUGCCAUAACUGCCAAAGAGAUCACGCAGGUCUCGGAGGAGCAGCCCGCCAUAAUCCCAACUCCCAUUCCUCUUUCCACACAGAUUGUGUGAGCGCAAGGUCCUCACGCAUUGUUGUAGACCCACUUUUUGCUUUCUCCAGUCGCCGUUCGUCCACCACUUUCCUUCCCUCAACCUUCAGAAAGUAUUGUUAGGGAGAAGCUUUCUCCGUCAUAAGAGCCCUUUUGAAGCCCCAAGCACCUUUGAAGCAUGUCUAGACUGUUCCUAAGUCCAGUUGCCAUGGGAACGAAGCUUUCCUGGCUCAGCUGUGGUUAGGGGAUAGGUGAUAUGGGAACUGUCCAAGGUCAUAAGGAGAGAUCAAAUACUACGUUGUGUUUGCCUUGUUUAUACUGAAUGUUCAGACGUUAAUGUACCUUUCCCAUUCAGUGGGACAGAUAGAGGCUCAUAUGAACCCUUUAUCACACUUUACUGCCCUGGCUACUUGCAGCUCUACCCCUUCUUAGACGAACAUGACUUGUGAGAUGGCGAGCCUUUUCUUCUUAAAAGUUCCUGACUGAGAUUCAAAAAGAUGUUUCUAAUCAUGCUAGUCUCACAGUUGAGACUUUAAAUGUGUGGCAACACAUAGUGUUUAAAAGGAAUCUGUCACACUGCACUUAUACACAAUUUACAUAUUCUAAGGUGGAAUUUAGGAGAUGGGAAUAUAAGAGAUGGAAGCACACAAGUGAGGAAAAAUCACUCAAGUUUACCUUUCAAGGUGGAAUAUUCUCCAAAAGCAUAUUUACAUUCAGCUUGAAUGUAGCGACAAGCACCUAUUUACAUUAAGCCACAAACACACAGUCAUUUGCAAAAGUAUACACACCCUUUAAACUUUUUGAUUUUGUCCCAUUCAUGUCAUUACUUUAAUAAUUUAUUUUGUGAUUUAAUGUGAUAGAGCAAAACAGUGCGCAAAUGUCAAGUGAAAAGGAAAGGAUCCUCAGUUUUAAAUGUUACUUUCUGUUUAGAGAAAGAGCAGACAGAGGAAAUGUCUUAGAAGGUGCUCUGGUCAAAUAGGACCAAAACCAAUCUUUUUGGCUUACGUGCAAAAUGCGUAUCCAUCCAUUGUCUUUAUCCACUUAUCAAUACACGGUUGUGUUGGGAGGGCGUGGGUAUAUCUCCAACAGUUAUUGGACGAGAGGCGGGGUACACCCUGGAUGGGUUGUUAAGUCCAUCACUGGGUCAAACAGGACAAACCGCAAUUCAUGCACACACUUACAUCUGAGGGCAAUUUAGACAGACCGGUUAACCUAACAUGCGUGAGCAGGAGGACCCUAAUGGUGCGUUCACACCAAAUGCGGAUUCUGCGAUAGGAGCGACUGAUUUAUCCCUAUGUAGAGGCGCGUUCAGGAGCGAGGCGGUGCGAAGGACGCGGUGCGAAAGGCGCGCCGAGCGAAGCGAGAGCGAUGGACGAGUUGAAAAUUCUGAACUUUUUCCUAAAUUUGCGUCGCGUCAACCAAUCAGGGACUGGAUGUGGCUGUGACGUAGGGUGAAAGACCGCAGCGGAGAAGAAGCGGUUGUCAGUGA